AAGAAGAGAUAGGAGUAUUAAAUGUAAUUUACGAAGUACGAUAGGCGGUGACAACAUGCAGAAAGUCCGGUUCAAAGCUACGAAUUGUAGUAACAAUUGGGAACUUUGAUAUUUAUAUGCCCGUAAGAAUAUUUACUUCAAAUUACGCUUGUCGCUUUCUGACACCUGCUACCAACCAGUUUGUUUAAACGACGUAGUAACGCGCAUUUAAAGUUUGGCUCAUGCGCAAAAUGAUUAUCUUUUAUUUGCUGUUUGAAUGAACGUUCAAGUCAGACAGGCAUCUUCACUCAAAAUAGAUUAAUCGCGAAAUUUGUUUGCAUAAAACAAUCAAUGAUACAACAACGAAGAAAGGCUAUUAAAAAACCUAACCUCAAAAUAAAUUGUACCUAGUUACUCUGCAACUGUAACGACAGAUCGAAGGUAAUUGUAACAAGUCCGAGCAUAAGAAAGCUCUGCAAGAUGUCUGGGUGUUGUUGUAUAAAACUUUGACGCAAAGCUAACAAACACGCGAGUACUUUGGAAUUUAUAAAUUUUGACAUCAUCCGAUUUGCUGCUAAACGUUAAUACACAUAAAAUGAAUGUCGAGGAAAACAGGUUAAGAACAUUUUCGGAUUGGCCGGUGAAUGCUGCCGUUGACUGUGCUCGAAUAGCAAAGGCUGGUUUUUAUUACACGGGAUUGGCACAAGAAGUGCAGUGUUUCGCUUGUGGAGCAAGGAUUUCCGAGUGGAAUUAUGGGGACCAAGCUAUGGCAAGACAUCGACAGGUGCAACCAAAUUGUCCAUUUGUCUUACAACCAUCGAAUACAUGUAAUGUACCACUCGUUCAGGUAUCACAGCAACCCCCAAGAACUUCUACUUCGACUACCUCUAGAGUUGUUCGAAGCGAAAAUCCUCAAAUUGAAUACAGAACCAAAGAACAAAGGUUGAGGUCCUUUGAGAAUUGGCCUAUAUCAUCGAUCGUGCCACCUGAAAGACUUGCUGAAUCUGGAUUUUAUUAUUUACAAGAAGCUGAUAUGGUUGAAUGUGCAUUUUGUCGAGGCCUUGUGAUGAAAUGGGAACCUGGUGACGACCCUGAUAGAGAGCACAGAAUUCAUUUUCCUAAUUGUGAUUUUUAUAUGCAUCAAGAUGUUGAUGAAGUAAUGUCUACAGAGAAGGUUGAACUUGGCAAUGUAAGGUUAUUGCCUGGUACCAGUUCAGAUUUAAAAGAGUUAGGUAUUCAAACACACAGUGCACCAAGGCAACCGAAACAUGCUACAUAUGAAGGAAGACUACGAACAUUUGAAGGUUGGCCAGAAAAUCUUAGACAAACCCCAGAAAUGUUAGCAAAUGCUGGAUUUUACUAUUUUGGUAUAGGAGAUCGUGUCAGAUGUUUUCAUUGCGAUGGUGGUUUACGUGACUGGGAAGCAACGGAUGAUGCAUGGACGGAACAUGCAAGAUGGUUCCCGCGAUGUGGUUAUGUAUCUCUUGUGCGUGGACAAGAAUUCAUUAAACAUUGUGUUGAUACCAGGCCUCCAUUAGACCCUGCGAUACUUGGAGGGGUAUCGGAAGAUGAGGGAACAGAUGUUACAGAGACUCCACCACCUUCGAUUCCUGCAGUAACUUCACCCCAACCCCGGGAAGUAACGGAUGCUGAAUUGGAAGAUCUACUUAGUACAGCCCCUGCAAGAGCUGCACUGGAAAUUGGGUUACAUGUGGGCCGGAUAAAAAUGGCAUUCAAACGACGAAUGGAAGAAACAGGAAUUCCAUAUACAAAUGCUGAUCAGCUCAUAGGGGAUGUUCUCCAUGUCCAAUUUAGAGAAGAUGACAGCAGACUCGAUAAUCACACGCCGGAUUCCCCAUCAUCUGAACUGACUAAUUUGUUAGCUCAAAUCAUAAAUUUACAGUCAUCAAAUAGUUCAAGAAGGCAACGAAUUAAUCGCUCACGUAGUAAUAGUAUAUCUUUGGAUUACCGCAGAAAUAAUGACACUGAGAACGCACCUAUAUUAAAUAAUGACAAACCAAAAGUGCUCGAAGAGAAAGCAGCUGAAAAUAAGAGUCCUGAGAAAACAAGUGAAACUGUAUCCUUGGAAGAAGAAAAUAGAAGACUGAAAGAAGCGCGUCUGUGCAAAAUUUGCAUGGACCGGGAGGUUGCAGUAGUUUUCUUACCAUGUGGACACUUAGCUACCUGUGUACACUGUGCUCCAUCACUUACGCAUUGUCCCAUGUGUCGACAAGAAAUUCGUGCAACGGUUCGUACUUUCCUAGCUUAGAUUAACUUGAAUACUUAUUAAUUUAAAUUCGUUGAAGUUUUGAAACAGAUUCAGUAUGUACAUUGAUUAGUGUCAUUUUGUAAAGAAUAGUGCAAAAUUCCGAAGCAAAAUGAAGGUUAUAGGAUUUAAAAACACAAAUAUCGUAUGUAAACGUUACCUCUUGAAAGAAAAUAUUAUCUUUUGUAAAAGACGACAUCAUUUAAUUUUUUGUUCUACAGGAGUGUCUUAAUUCUUUUAAUCAGAUCAUUCAUUAUUGUAUUUGAGUUCACAAAAUAUGUAAAUCAUUAGGCUUUGAUUUUUAACAAAACAUUUACAAAUUUUAAAACGUUUCAAAUAAGGUAAUAGAAGCAUGACAAGAGUAAAGAGUGAAGUCACAAAAGUGAAUUCUAUACUGAUAAGGAUUUAUAAUUCACAAUUGGUUUUUCAAACAUUUGUUUAAAUUGAAUUAGUCUAGUUACACCAAUAGAUUUAAUCACUGCACUGAAUAUAAUGAUUGUAAUAGAUUGAAUGAACAUUCAUACUGUUUUAUGCUUACUAAAGGCUCGCGCACAUUAUAACCAGGGCGAACCGCAGCGCAUUGCAACAUUCGGUCUAUUAUAUGCGAUAUAAAAUCUAUGUAAUCGAAUCCCGUGCGAUUUUUGCAAAGCGAUGCGCUGCGAUCCGUCCCGGCAUAAUGUGUGCGAGCCUUAAAACGUAUGAAAUAGCUUUCUUUUGGUUCAGAUGAAAGAUGUGCUUAAGUCAUUAUUAAAUUACAUAGAAGUAUGAAAUCAUACAUUUAUGUUUAUAUUAAUUGUUUUCGUUCUUGAACAAGAUCCAAUUAUAGAUGAUCAUAAAUGAUUAUAUAAAAUGAAAGGAUUUAAUAUAAACAGUGUUUCAUUACUAAAUUAAAGUCGAUUAAAUUAAUACUUUGAUUCCAUUUUAUCAGACUGCAUAUCAUUAAAUUGAUUAAUUGCUUGGGUAGGACGUUAGUGCAUAUAAUAUUUAACAGCUGUAAUAUAAGAAAAUGUAAAAAAUAGUUUCUUUCGAAUAUUAGACAUAAAUAUAAGAAGGCUUAAUUACAUUUGCUGCAAUUUAUACUUAAGUUUAAAUAAUCGGUGCACCUAAAUUGAUGUGCACAUUCUAGAGGUCAUGGAAACUAUGGGUAUCAAAACGAUAUAGCCUAGAAGUACAGAGAUAUUAAAAGAAAGGUUUGUUACGUGUAAUGACAAUGUGCUAAGUUAGUAAGAAUAAAGAUUGAGGAAUAUAUGUUAGGGAAUCAUACAGAGCUUAGGUGUUUUAUGUAAUCCUAUAAAGUCCGGAUUUACAUAGUAAAUUUAUAAAUAUUUAAAUCUGUUCUGUAGUUUUAAGGAAACUUGUUCAAAUGUUACAGCAUAAUGUAAACCCUAACAAGCCUUAUUUAUUUUUCGCGAGUAUAAACUAACUUAUUCUGUUGAAUAGAUAUACUAUAUAAUGUUGACGCUCUAUUUCGAUUAAAAUGUAAAAUAAUAAGUUCUAAGCAGACAUGUGAGUUUCGUAUAUCAUUCAGUGACCUCGAAUGUGAGUCUGUUUCGUAGGUAAUGAAUAAACGCGUAUGUACAGAAAGAGAGAGUUGGAAGUAGAAAAUAUAUAAAACAUUUACGAUAUACAUAACAGCAUAUUUCGUGUGAUUACUGUCGGAACGUUGCGUAAAAGAAUGUAUUCGUGGAAAAAAAACAAUACAUUCCUUUUUUGGUGAA